AUGAACGGCAGUUUCAUGACCCCUUCGGACCCAGAUUCACUCCUUGUCCAUGGCAAACAAUCCAGCACGACGGCCGACGCGCCACCGUCACCUGACUCGGGCUCUGCAUCUCCAAAAGAGCACUACGAGCCUGAACUGCGACAAGUCGUGGACUGGCUCCGAACGCGACACUCCACCAGGGAUGUGCCUGACCGAAUCGAAUUCCGCCUCCCCGUCGAGCAAUUCCAAAAAUUCCAGGAUUUGGUGCAGGCCGGUGGUGAAUUCUCUGACCAAAAGUUGAAAUAUGACUAUUCCCCCGACCGCGACCACGAAACGCUGACGCUCAGAAUGGCCGGUAGCAGACACGAAAUCGUUCUCUCCGGUCUCAAUGAGCGUCUCGUGGCAUUCGUUCGACAGGCCCAGAAGCACCUCGAACCGUCCAUUGCCGAAUUUGCAUCGCCUCUCCUCCCCACCCUUUCCAGUGGUCUGUAUUAUCCGUCCAGGGGCGGUGGGGGCGAGACAGAGCGUCAACCCAACUGUUCUGUGACAAGCCGGAAGCACCCUAGAUACCCAGUUUUGAUUGGCGAAGUCGCGGCCUCGCAGACUUCACAGGCUCUGGAAUCCCUUGCACAAGAAUACAUCGAGUUGACCAAUGGUCAAAUCCGAACUGUCAUUACCAUCGACCUCGAUUAUCCGAUGGCGAUGGGAGCGGUACGCGUCUCGGUCUGGAGAGCCAAAUUUGCGGAGGACGGGAAGUUCGACCGCGUCACCCGCGACGACGUGGAAAUCCGAAGCCAGGACGGUGUCAAGAGUCCCCACGCUCAAGUCGCACUGUCUCUGUCGCUUGAAGACUUCGCUCCUGGUGGAGAGGUGAAACACCAUGCGGAUCUUCAAUCGGUGACCCUGACCAUAUCGGGGGAUGAACUACUUACGAUUGUAGAGGCGGCUGAGUCGAUGCAGGCUGCCCGGGAGGCCUUUGAGGCUCAAUGGAAGGACCAGGUUUUCAAUCCAGAUGUGGCCGCGCAACCAAGAGGAACAAUUCCAUGA